AUGGCGGAUCAAGCAAUUCAAGCUGCCAAAGCCGUCAGCGCCCCCGACGGAACAGGCGUCCUCCAACUCGAUCCCUGGUUGAAAGACCAUGCCGAUGUCCUAAAGCAUCGCUUCAGUGUUGUCGAGAAAUGGGCCGGUGACAUUGCUAGAAGUGAAGGCGGUCUUGAGAAGUUCAGCAAGGUCAAGUCAAUUGAGCUCCCCGUUAACCUCUCACUCCAGGGCUAUGAAACUUUCGGUCUUAACGCACAGCCAAAUGGCGAUAUCUUCUACAAAGAAUGGGCCCCCAAUGCCAAGGAGGCCUCGCUAGUCGGCGACUUCAACAACUGGGAUGUCAAUGCCAACCCCAUGACCAAGAAUGAAUUCGGUAUUUGGGAGGUCACUGUGCCAUCCAAAGCCGGUGUCCCCGCCAUUCCCCACCAGAGCAAGAUCAAGAUCACACUCGUACUCCCCCACGGAGAACGCGUCUACCGAGUCCCAGCAUGGAUCAAGCGCGUCGUGCAAGAUCUCAGUGUCUCCCCAGUCUACGACGCCGUCUUCUGGAACCCGCCCGCCAACGAACGUUACAGCUUCCAACACCCCCGUCCUAAGAAGCCCGAGAGCCUGCGAAUCUACGAGGCUCACGUCGGUAUCUCAUCGCCCGAGACAAGAGUCGCCACAUACAAGGAGUUUACCAAGAACAUGCUGCCGCGCAUCAAGGGUCUCGGCUACAAUGCUAUUCAGUUGAUGGCUAUCAUGGAACAUGCCUAUUAUGCCAGCUUCGGCUACCAAGUGAACAACUUCUUUGCGGCGAGCAGUCGUUACGGAUCCCCGGAGGAUCUCAAGGAAUUGAUUGACACCGCACACAGUUUGGGCCUCGUGGUUCUGCUCGAUGUAGUACACAGCCAUGCUUCUAAGAAUGUCGACGAUGGAAUCAACAUGUUCGAUGGCUCGGAUCAUCUUUACUUCCACGAGGGUGGCAAGGGCCGCCACGAUCAAUGGGACAGUCGGUUGUUCAACUAUGGACAUCAUGAGGUGCUGCGCUUCCUACUGAGUAACCUUCGUUUCUGGAUGGAGGAGUACCAGUUCGAUGGAUUCCGCUUUGACGGUGUUACCAGCAUGCUUUACACUCACCACGGAAUUGGAACGGGCUUCUCUGGCGGAUAUCACGAAUAUUACGGCCCAGCCGUUGACGAGGAAGGUAUCACAUACCUCACUCUUGCCAACGAGAUGCUGCACCAACUCUACCCCGAGUGCAUCACCGUCGCCGAGGAUGUUUCUGGCAUGCCUGCCCUCUGUCUACCCCACGCACUUGGCGGUGUCGGUUUCGACUACCGACUAGGCAUGGCCAUCCCAGACAUGUACAUCAAGCUUUUGAAAGAGAAGGAAGACAGCGAGUGGGACAUUGGUAAUCUCGCCCACACCCUGACAAACCGAAGACACGGCGAGAAGACAAUCGCGUACGCGGAAAGUCACGAUCAAGCCCUGGUCGGCGACAAGUCCCUAAUGAUGUGGCUCUGCGACAAGGAGAUGUACACCCACAUGUCCGUUCUAACAGAGUUCACCCCAAUCAUCGAGCGCGGCAUGGCCCUCCACAAAAUGAUUCGCCUCGUAACCCACGGCCUCGGCGGCGAAGGCUACCUAAACUUCGAAGGCAACGAAUUCGGACACCCCGAAUGGCUCGACUUCCCGCGCGAAGGAAACGACAAUUCCUUCUGGUACGCCCGGCGCCAAUUGAACCUCACAACAGACGAACUCCUCCGCUACCGCUUCCUCAAUGACUUCGACAGCGCGAUGCAGCACACCGAAGCCAAGUACGGCUGGCUGCACUCCUCGCAGGCAUACAUCAGCCUGAAGAACGAGAACGACAAGGUCCUCGUCUUCGAGCGCGCGGGUCUGCUGUGGAUCUUCAAUUUCCACCCCACAGAAAGCUUCACGGAUUAUCGCGUCGGCGUUGAUGCCGCGGGCACGUAUCGCAUUGUUCUUGAUACCGAUGAUACGGCCUUUGGCGGGUUGGGAAGGAAUGUUAAGGAGACGCGCUUCUUUACGACGGAUUUGCCUUGGAAUGGGCGUAAUAAUUUCGUGCAGGUUUAUAUUCCUACGCGGACUGCUUUGGUCCUCGCUUUGGAACAUACACUAUAA